AUGACUACUCCUGCCGACGCUCCUGCUAACCUUCCACCUGUUCAGGAUAAGGCCCCCGUCAAGGACAGGGUAGCUGCCUUCGAAACCAUCUUCUGGUCCAGGCCACCCUUCCUGAGCGGAGUCUACCCGAUCGACAAGUCUGGAUAUCGGCUCUACUAUGGCGGAGAACACAACCCCCGCUGCAUCAACCUAGCUAACGCCUCGGAGGCUGAUUUGCAGGCUCUGUCCGAUGCAUGUCAACCAGCGUCCUUUGGACUGAACAACGCCGACGUGUACGACGAGAGCUAUCGCCUAGCUAGGAAGAUGGACUCGAGCGACUUUGCCACCAAGUUCGACCCGGAGGACUCGGGGCUUCUAGAGCUGAUCACGGCCGACUUCCUGGGUUGCGGUUCCGACGUCAAGUCGAGGUUCAUCUGCGAGCUUUACAAACUCAAUGUCUAUGGCAAAAACUCGUUCUUCAAAGCGCACAAGGAUACCCCGCGUAGCGAUACCAUGAUUGGAUCUCUCGUCGUCGUCUUUCCGACCCCUCACGAGGGCGGCGCUCUUGUUCUGCGCGAGAAAGACAGGGAAUGGACGUUUGACUCCGCGACGGAAGUCCUCAAAGACGGCGACCCCAAACUCGGCUUCGUCGUCUUCUACUCCGACGUCGAACACGAAGUCACCAAAGUGACCUCUGGCCACCGAGUCACCCUGACGUAUAACCUGUACUUCAAUGCCAAGUCUACCGCCGCCUCGCUCAAGCUUCUCCGCCAGCCCAAUCUUCCCGCUAACCUCAACAUCUCCAAAGUCGGCCUCGAGCUCAGAUCAAUGCUCCUCGACUUCCUGAUGCGCUCGGACUUCCUCCCCUCUGGCGGCUUCAUCGGCUUUGGCCUCCGCUUCUCGUACCCUCUGAGCAACAAGACGCCUCUGGACGCAUUAGCCAACAACCUCAAGGGCUGCGACGCAAUGCUCAAGGUUGUCUGCGACGAGCUGGGUCUGGGCAACAAACUCUACGCGCAUUACAAAUGCUUCGCCGGUGAUGAAUGGGGCAAAAAGCGGCUGUUCGUCAUGCGCAACACGUUCCUCGAGUCUCAUGACGGCAGGGAGUACGACAAGGACAUCAGUAAAAUUUAACUUGUCUAUGGGGUGCUGAGUAGGCGUUGUAGAUGCGGUAGCCACGUUGACAAGUACCCUUUUAUGCGG